AUGUCCGCCAUCACCGACAUUAACAACUUCAACGCCGAGGAGGCUGCCAACUUUGAGGAGAUUGAGCAGCAGUUUGCUGUCAAGACGGUCGAGCACCUCGAGGCGUACCAGAAGCUCCUUGAGAACGUUAACCCGAGGACUCUCAAGCUCACCAACAUGGACGACGAGAUCUUCGAGGACAUCAUGACCCGCUUCCCCGAGUUCAAGGACACUGAGAAGCUCCGCGUGCUUGACGAGGACAAGAUGAAGUCGCCCGAGGGCAAGCAGCGAUGGCGCGACUUCAUCAUGCCGUACGAGAAGACGCUCACCGACUACAACUUUGGCACUCUCAUCCGCCGCGACGCCGACCGCGAGUACGCCGAGGACAACUGCAUCCUUGUCACGCGCGCCCAGUUUGUCGGCCUCGAGAUUGCCCGCAACCGUCUCGGCGUCAACGACAAGUUCUACCAGGAGCACCAGAAGAAGAAGGACGACGUCAAGCCCGCCGCGACCCGCUACUAG